CCUUCCACAUCCUCUGCUUUCCCCUCAUAAAGUCUCUCUCUCUCUCUCUCUCUCUCUCUCUCUCUCUAUCUCACAUACACUCUCUCUCUUCAGAAUUCUCUUCUCUCUCCUCUCUCUGCAUGAUCAAAGCAAGAACGCAAUAUUCCAAUCCAUGGGAACUCCGGUGAACAUCAUCGUCGGGUCCCACGUCUGGGUCGAAGAUCCUGAGGAUGCUUGGAUUGAUGGGGAAGUCACACAGAUCAAAGGAGGCAAUGCCACAGUCAUCACCGCCAACGGGAAAACAGUUGUGGCUAGUAUUUCUAGCAUAUAUCCAAAAGACACUGAAGCUCCUCCUGCCGGAGUUGAUGACAUGACGAAAUUAGCUUACCUCCAUGAACCUGGAGUUCUUCAGAAUCUCGCUUCUCGGUUCUCUCUCAAUGAAAUAUAUACCUACACCGGUAACAUACUUAUUGCAGUUAACCCUUUUCAAAGACUCCCACAUCUCUACGACGUGCACAUGAUGGAACAGUACAAAGGUGCUACCUUUGGAGAGCUCAGCCCUCAUCUUUUUGCAGUAGCUGACGCUUGUUACAGGGCUAUGAUACAUGAAAAUGGAAGCCAAUCGAUACUUGUUAGUGGAGAGAGUGGAGCAGGGAAGACCGAGACAACGAAGAUGCUCAUGAGAUAUCUUGCUUAUAUGGGUGGGAGAUCAGGGACAGAGGGAAGAACAGUAGAGCAACAAGUCUUGGAGUCUAAUCCAGUACUGGAAGCAUUUGGCAAUGCAAAAACAGUGAAGAACAACAAUUCUAGUCGAUUUGGUAAGUUUGUCGAGAUACAAUUUGACAAAUAUGGAAAGAUCUCAGGAGCGGCGGUUCGAACAUACCUACUAGAACGUUCCAGAGUAUGUCAGGUGAACGAUCCUGAGAGAAACUACCAUUGCUUCUACAUGCUUUGUGCUGCACCACCAGAGGAUGUCAAAAGAUUCAAAGUGGGGGAUCCAAAAACAUUCCAUUAUCUGAACCAAACAAAUUGUUAUCAAGUUGCAAAUGUCGAUGAUGCUAGGGAAUACCUGGAAACUAGAAAUGCCAUGGAUGUUGUCGGUAUAAACCAAGAAGAGCAGGACGCUAUAUUUCGUGUUGUGGCAGCGAUCCUUCACCUUGGGAACAUCAAUUUUGCAAAAGGGAAGGAAAUUGAUUCAUCGAAAUUGAAGGAUGACAAGGCUUUAUUCCACCUUAAAACUGCUGCAGAGCUUCUAAUGUGUGAUGAGAAGGCACUUGAGGAUUCACUUUGUAAGCGUGUGAUUGUUACUCCUGAUGGUAAUAUCACAAAGCCUCUUGAUCCAGAUUCAGCUACAUCUAACCGUGAUGCUCUAGCAAAAACAGUUUACUCAAGGUUAUUUGACUGGAUAGUAGACAAGAUCAACAGUUCAAUUGGUCAGGAUCCUACUGCAAAAAGUAUAAUUGGAGUCCUUGAUAUCUAUGGCUUUGAGAGUUUCAAGAUAAACAGUUUCGAGCAACUAUGCAUUAACCUAACAAAUGAGAAAUUGCAGCAACACUUCAAUCAACAUGUAUUUAAGAUGGAGCAAGAAGAGUACACUAGAGAAGAAAUUGAUUGGAGCUAUGUCGAAUUUGUAGACAACCAAGAUGUGCUUGAUUUAAUAGAAAAGAAACCUGGAGGAAUAAUUGCAUUGCUUGAUGAAGCAUGUAUGUUUCCAAAGUCCACUCAUGAAACAUUUGCACAGAAGAUGUACCAAACAUACAAAGCACACAAGCGUUUCAGUAAGCCUAAACUUGCUCGAACUGCUUUCACCAUAAACCAUUAUGCCGGGGAUGUUACAUAUCAAGCAGACCAAUUUCUUGAUAAGAACAAAGAUUAUGUUGUGGCAGAGCAUCAAGCUUUGUUGGAUGCUUCAAAGUGCCCUUUUGUUGCCAAUCUAUUUCCUCCUUUGCCUGAAGAAUCAUCUAAACAAUCAAAAUUCUCCUCUAUCGGUACACGCUUUAAGCAACAACUUCAAGCACUUAUGGAAACCCUGAACACAACUGAGCCACAUUACAUCAGAUGUGUGAAGCCUAAUGCCGUUCUGAAGCCAGCAAUCUUUGAGAACUUCAAUGUCUUGAAUCAGUUGAGAUGUGGGGGUGUGCUAGAGGCAAUCAGAAUUAGUUGUGCUGGAUACCCUACUAAACGGACAUUCGAUGAAUUCAUUGAUCGGUUUGGAAUGCUGACACCUGAUCUUAUAGAUAGCUCUGAUGAGAAAUUGGCAUGUGAAGCAAUUUGCAGUAGGAUGGGAUUGAAGGGAUAUCAGAUAGGGAAAACAAAGAUUUUCCUCAGGGCUGGCCAAAUGGCUGAACUUGAUGCUCGAAGAAUAGAAGUCUUAGCGAAUGCUGCAAGACUUAUCCAGAGGCAGAUAAGGACAUAUAUUACAAGAAAAGAGUUUACUGUCCUAAGGAAAGCUACAAUUGGAAUCCAAAAGCUAUGGAGAGGAUGCCUUGCAAGAAAUUUAUUCAAAGAAAUGAGAAGAGAAGAUGCUUCAAUUCGCAUACAAAAAUAUGCAAGAGCUCAUUCAGCACAAAAAUCCUAUACAAGCUUGAAGGCAUCAGCACUUGUCAUACAAACAGGCUUACGUGCAAUGGCUGCACGUAAUGACUACCGACACAGGAGGAGGACUAAGGCUUCUAAAAUUAUCCAAACUCAAUGGCGCCUACAUAAAGCCCGGUCAGCUUAUCAACAACAGAAAAAAGCCAGUUUAAUACUUCAAUGCCUGUGGAGAGGCAGAGUAGGAAGGAAGGAACUCCGGAAGCUUCGAAUGGCGGCGAGGGAGACUGGAGCGCUGAAAGAAGCUAAGGACAAGCUAGAGAAGAAGGUUGAGGAGCUCACGUGGAGAUUAGAUUUAGAGAAGCAUUCAAGGAUUGACCUUGAAGAAGCGAAAGGGCAAGAGAUUGCCAAGUUACAAACUUCAUUGCAAGAAUUGCAAGAAAAGCUUCAGGAGGCCAAUGCUGCAAUUAUUAGAGAAAAAGAAGAAGCAAGGAUUGCAAUAGAGCAGGCUCCCCCAGUAAUUAAAGAGGUUCCAGUUGUUGACAACACUCAGUUGGAGUUAUUGACAGACAAGAAUAAAGAGCUAGAGGAGGAGCUAAUUGAAUUCAGAAGUAAGGCAGAAGAAUUCGAGAAAAAAUAUUCAGAGGCCCAAAAGCAGACGGAAGAAUUGAUUAAAGAGACGGAAGAGACCAAAUCAAAACUAAGUCAAUUCCAAGAAACCAUAGAAAGGCUUGAAACAAACUUAUCCAGCCUUGAGUCUGAGAAUCAGGUUUUAAGACAGCAGGCCUUAGUGGCAUCAACAAACGAGGAGCUCUCUGAGGAAAUUAAAAGUCUUGAGAGUAAAAUUACAGAAUUGGAGUCUGAAAACAAGUUGCUCCAAGCUAGGCCUGCGGUGGUAGUUCAGCAAGUAGUCUCUAAGGAGUCAAAAGAGUAUCAACCAGACAUGAAAGUUCAGAUUGUGGAGAAUGGGCAAGAACAUAGAGAAGAACCUAUCUCCUCAUCAGGAAGACAUGUGGAAGAACCUAUUCCCUCAAAAAUAUAUGAUGAAGUACCUAAGUCUCCGAAAGAAACUGUGGUGGUUACUCCUGUACCUACUUUAAACAAACAGAAAUCCCUUACUGAUAGACAACAAGAUAACCACGAUGCACUUAUUAAGUGCCUCAUGGUAGACAAGAGAUUUGACAAGAGGAGGCCGGUAGCAGCAUGUAUAGUAUACAAAUCUCUGAUACAAUGGCACUCAUUUGAAGCAGAGAAAACAAACAUAUUUGAUCGAAUAAUUCACACAAUAAGAUCAUCGGUUGAGAAUCAAGAAAACAUAAGUGAACUCGCUUAUUGGCUCUCAACAACAUCUACUCUUCUUUUCCUCUUGCAAAACACUCUCAAAGCGAGCACAGGUUCAAAUUUGGGUGCAAACCGUAGUAGAGCUUCAACUGGAACUCUAUUCAGUAGAAUGGCACGAACUACUCGUUCAACUUUGACUGGAAUCGAGAUUUCUAGUGGAUACAGUGGGAUGCUAGGCAAGCCGAAUACUCAAUCAAGAGUAGAGGCAAAAUACCCUGCUCUACUAUUUAAGCAACAUUUGACAGCUUACGUUGAGAAAAUAUACGGUAUGAUCAGAGAUAGACUGAAGAAAGAAAUUAGCCCAUUAUUAACAAUGUGUAUACAGGCACCAAGAUCAGCAAGAGCAAGAUCAAUUAAAGGAUCGUCCAGGAGUGUUCAUGUCAAUACAGUAGCAAAGCAAGCAUCCAGUGUUCACUGGCAAAGUAUUGUGAAGAGCUUAGAUAACAUGUUGAGCAUAUUGUGCGAGAAUUUUGUCCCUUCCAUGAUUAUAAGGAAAACUUUCAGCCAAGUCUUUGCAUUCAUAAACGUACAACUCUUCAAUAGCUUGCUACUCCGUCGAGAAUGCUGCUCUUUUAGCAAUGGCGAGUAUGUCAAGGCUGGAUUGCAAGAGUUAGAACAGUGGUGCUCGAAAGCCACAGAAGAGUUUGCUGGGACAUCAUGGGAUCAGCUCCAACAUAUAAGACAAGCAAUUGGAUUUUUGGUUUUGCAUCAGAAAGCACACAAAUCUGUUGAAGAGUUCACAACUGAACUCUGCCCAGACUUGAGUAUUCCCCAGAUAUAUCGUAUUGGAACAAUGUUUUGGGAUGACAAGUAUGGGACUCAGGGUUUAUCUAAAGAUGUUAUUGGCAAGAUGAGAGCUUUGAUGAGUGAUGAUUCAAUUAACAUUCCAAAUAAAUCCUUUUUGUUGGAUGAUGAUUCGAGUAUCCCUUUCUCCUUGGAUGAUAUCUCUCGGUCAGUUCUCGACAUAAACCUUUCAGAUGUUGAACCACCACCAUUACUGCGACAAAAUUCUGAAUUCCAUUUCCUCUUACAACAGCACAUAGAUUGAAUGAUUUUCUUUUCUUUAUAUUUUUAACAAAAAGGAAAGAGUUGUAAUUUUUCGGGGUAUUUUUUAAGUGUGCAGAGUGUAAUUUUGUUUUUGUUUUUUGUUUUUUUCCCAUAUAUUCUUUCUCCUCCUUCCAUUUGAUAAGCCUCACUGAUUUUUUGAGUGUGUGUAGCCAUAUACGAGUGGAUGUGUUACAGGGAUUGUAUGUAAAAAACAGGAUUGGUUUUGCUUUUGCACGUUGCAAUAAAGAAGUUUUACUUUGUAA